UCUCUGCCCAUGCUAAAUAAAUAAAUAAGUUGCCUGUCUAGAACCUGGAAGGGAAUGGGGUAGAAAGAGAACAUCUUACUCUGUUCUUUUUUUUGCCCUGCCCCCCUCCCCAAUUGCUCGUCCAUCCAGCCGUCUGGCUUAUUUCAUUUUUUCCCCACCAUGCCUGCUUCCUAGAUCCAUCGCCCGCGUCUCCUUUUACUUUGCCUCUUGCUUUUUUCUUGACUGCCGGUCUAGAAAAGAAGCGACAACAUCUAAGUGGGUGUUGAAAAAACUUGAACUGGAACCGGGAGGCUGGGCUCCAUGUAUCCGGAAUCCACCACGGACUCUCCGGCUAGAUUCUCGAACAGGCAGACGGGCUCCCCAGGCAUGAUCUACAGUGCUCGCUACGGGAGUCCCAAAAGACAGCUCCAAUUUUACAGAAACCUUGGGAAGUCAGGACUCCGAGUUUCCUGCCUCGGGUUAGGAACAUGGGUGACAUUUGGAGGACAGAUUACGGAUGAGAUGGCGGAGCAGUUGAUGACCUUGGCCUACGACAACGGCAUCAAUCUCUUCGACACGGCGGAGGUCUAUGCUGCAGGGAAGGCUGAAGUCGUGUUAGGGAAUAUCAUUAAGAAAAAAGGAUGGAGACGUUCCAGCCUGGUGAUAACAACCAAAAUCUUCUGGGGAGGAAAAGCCGAGACGGAGAGAGGACUCUCAAGAAAGCAUAUUAUAGAAGGACUGAAGGCUUCGCUAGAACGGCUGCAGUUGGAAUACGUGGAUGUGGUGUUUGCCAAUCGGCCAGACCCCAACACGCCCAUGGAAGAGACGGUGCGAGCCAUGACCCACGUCAUCAACCAGGGGAUGGCCAUGUACUGGGGGACGUCGCGGUGGAGCUCCAUGGAGAUUAUGGAAGCAUAUUCAGUGGCUCGCCAGUUCAACCUCAUCCCGCCCAUCUGUGAGCAAGCAGAGUACCACAUGUUCCAGAGAGAGAAAGUGGAAGUGCAGCUUCCAGAGCUAUUCCACAAGAUUGGUGUGGGCGCCAUGACGUGGUCCCCUUUAGCGUGUGGAAUCGUUUCGGGGAAAUACGACGGGGGGAUCCCUCCCUACUCACGAGCAUCGCUAAAAGGCUACCAGUGGCUGAAAGACAAGAUCUUGAGUGAGGAAGGGAGGCGGCAGCAAGCCAAGCUGAAGGAACUGCAGGCCAUCGCCGAGCGGCUGGGCUGCACUCUGCCCCAACUUGCCAUUGCAUGGUGUUUGCGGAACGAAGGGGUCAGCUCCGUCUUGCUGGGGGCUUCCAAUGCAGACCAGUUAAUGGAGAAUAUUGGAGCAAUACAGGUUCUUUCAAAACUCUCCUCUUCUCUUAUCCAUGAGAUCGACAGCAUCUUGGGCAAUAAACCCUACAGCAAAAAGGACUACCGGUCCUAAUCGGGAAUCCUGUUCCUGCCUGGGACUUUCUACUCCUUGAAUUCCUCUGCCUCUCCCGUUCGCUUGCUUAAAGCUAUAUCGAAGCCAAGUCAAGAAAUAACGGUUUGCAACCCAAGACAACAGCGCAGCGUCUGAACCGAAGGCGUCCUAGAGAAAACCGUAUUCAAACGUCGCCAGACUGCAUAGGCUUCUUAAACUUUAAUUUUCAUUUUGAAUGCAAGAAAACGCUGCAGGUUUGGGAAAGGGGCAAGUGAGGUUGGUUUCACGUCCAUGCUUCCCUUUUCGAAGGAGUAAACAACUUUUGAGCUUUCUUCUCUUUCCUCCUCCUCUCUCUCUCCCUUGCAGUCGUUUUCUCUCUCUCUCUUUCUUCCAACAACCAUAUCUACGCACAGAGAGAAUAUCACAGCGCUUAGCUCAUCUUGGUUUGAGGUGGGAACUUCUUCUUCUUUUAAAUGGGCAGAGUCAAGGUUAUGCUUCAAUCCACCAUCCAUACUCUAUGUAAGCCCAACUAGAGGAGCUUUGAGGAAUGUGCCUUGGCCAGCCUCCUGGAAAUGUCAGAAACUGCUUUUGGGGGGCCACUGCAGGCCCCCUCCCUGCUGCCAACCAUUCCAUCUUUCCCAGUUUUGACUUUGGGGGAAAUGAGGGGAAUUGGCUGAGCAGAAUGUCUCUUUCCCCGGUUCUGCAAGGCCCCACAUGCCACGUUUUGCAAAAAGUGGUUCAUUCUUUCUAUCACUUGGCCUCAGAGCUGGGAGUGGGCAGGUGGGGGGCAGAGAGGAGGGAUCAGGGAACGGGACCUUCACAGGCUGAAACUGACCCAUCUCUUCCCCAGGUGGAGUCAAGAAGAAACGCUUGGCCAUGGAGAAAUGGAAGGCCUAGACUAGAAAUCCAGAGCCUACUGGUUGGAAAGAUGUCCUAUAUCUUACUCAGGCCCUCUUCCAACCCCAAUGUGUCAGCUUAGCACCAGCUGAACCUCCCAUGUCUUCCCUCAGAUACUCGCCGCCCUCACACCAAAAAAUGUCCCUCGCUUUCUACAGCUUGAGAUGCUGCCUUGAUGUCCUUCACAGCCUUGUUGCUCUGGGCUCUGGGCAGGCAGAGAGGGGUUCCCAGUGGAAUCGAGAGCCUGCACUCUCCCCCUCCAGGGCACUUUUCCCCCACCCUCCCACAUUGUAGGAUAAGCUUAGGCUCCCAUCCAUUGAUUCCCACAGCAGAAUUGUCCCUUCGAAGUGAGGAGCCAGGUGGGCAGAGGGUCCCCCCACGAAGGGGCCACCACGCCCCUAACAUCUCUGUGGCCAUGCCGUCCAAAAGAGCCCAGAGCCCUCGCAGGGGAGUUUUUUUCCUGUCCCGUUGCGGCCAAUGCAAAGAUUGUGCCUUAGUUGGCUAUGAGAUGAGCUUGCAUUCUGGGAUGGCCACACACAAAAUCAGCUCCUGAAUUCCAGAGUGUUGCAUCUGAAGCCGUAUGUUCAUUUUCUCUAUCUCCCUCCCCCCUCCCUUUUUUGUGGAUUUGUACCAACCCCAAAUGUAAUAAGUUGAAGGCUACUUGUUUAUCAAUUGAUACUGCAGCCCUACAGCAGGUGUAACAGGGCGGCGAAUGGAGCAGAGCCAAUGCCUUCCAGGUCUUUUUGGACUCCAGAUUCUCAUCAGCCCCUGCCCAGACAGCUGUUAGUGGUUGUGAAAUAUUUGGCAGGCCCCAGUGACUUGAGGAAGGAUGCAGUGGGGCAUCCUUCAUUUUAAUUUUUUCCCCCCUAAAGCGUAUAUACUUGAUUGUAAAAAAGAAAAGAAAAGAAGACGACCUCUAAGCGGUUUGCAAAAAAGAAUAAAACCAUAACAUUAUCAGCAAGCACAAUUACAGUCAGCUAUUUUAAACGUUCAAAAAUAAUAAUUAAAAUCAACGAUAAGCUGAGAACCAGAUUAUAAACAAACACCAGUAAAUCUGGGCAAGCUUGUCUAAAACAGCAGUGUUUUUAGCAGGAUCUGAAAAAGAGUUCAGUGACUGUGCCUGACGGGUGUCAAUAGGCAGGGAGUUCCACAGUGCAGGUGCUAAACACUAAAAGAUACCAGUUUCUUACCAUUGUGGAACAGGCAUUAUGUGGUGCCCAUGACUGUUCCAAAGAUCAAAGCAGUCAAGUGGGCAUAUAUGGCAUCAGGCAAUUUUGCACAAAAACUGGUUUGGCCUUUGAAGCAAAGAUUUGUUUAUUUUUAAAAUAAUGCCUAAAAAUUAAUGUGAGGUGGCUAGAGAAUUCUUAGAGCCUUUCUUUACAAAACUGCAGCCAAGGGUUUUUCCUCCCCCACCCCACCCCACCCCCAAGAAAUGAAGGCACCAUUGUUCCUCCAGUUUUGCCUGUGGUUGAACAGGUUUGGUAGGCUUUUGCCGUGUUAGCAACCUGCCAGACCUCUUUGGCCAGAGGUAACAGUAGGACGAAAUGAGUGCAUGUGUGUUGAAAAGGAAGAAAAGUGGGUGGUCUGUGCACCUGAGAGUAUACAGAGACACCAUAGGAAAUGGUAUGUUUCUCCAACUGCUUUUAGCUUUUUAAAAACUAUUGCCUGCAUCCAGACUCUUCCUAUUUUCAGAGGAGGGAGCCAUGAAACUUAUUCUCAGCUGGUAAUGUAGCAAACAGCAGUGGGGAAAUAAAACCGGAAACCCAAAUAACAGAACUAUAGAAUUGUAGACUUGGGAGGGACCUGAAGGGCCAUUUAGUCCAAUGGCCUGCAAAGGAGCAAAAAUGGAUGGAUGCCCAGAGUUUUGCCGGGAAAGCAGCCAAGUUCAUUGAACAACAGCUUUGCAAUAAGGCUUUUCACCAAUAUGCAUGCCAGACUGUCCUGGUGACGAAAGCAGCUAUGCAUUUAUGACUCUCUUCCUGGCAAAAAGAAUGAAAUUGCAUUCAUGCCCUGAUUUGCUUUUUUUGUUUUUGUUUUUGUUUUGCUUUUAUGUGGACACGCGACUUCACGAUUCAGUUUCCUCUGGCUGUCGGGCAGCAGCCAUGAAUGCAACUGCGUCCCCCUUGCUAUUGCUGCCUUUGCAAUCAACUUCAGAAGCACAAUGAAUUUGUGUUCCACAGUUUGGGGCCUCUUCUCCCCCCCACCCACAUCCAAUGGAGAAACUUCCUGGAUUGCACCCAGUGCUAGCCCUACGCAGAGCAGAUCCAUUGGGAUUAAUGGCGAUGACGAACUCAGGUCCAUUAAUUUCAAUGGGCCGACUCUGAAUGAGGCUUAGGCUGCAUUCACACCCGUGCUUCCUUCUGCUUUCCCAACAUCUCCCUAACUGUGAAUCUCCUUAGGAUAUUGAGGGAGCUCACUCUGGAGCUGCUAAUGCAAUGGUUUGACUUCCAUUCAUCCCUGGAGGCGCACACCAUUGGCUCUCGAGGCAGACAAACACAACCAAUUGGAGUUGCCACACAACGUACAAGCCACUUCCAGAUACAGAGCGGGAUAUAGCGCAAGUUUAAUUUCUGUGUUGCUGUAUUUGCUCCCGGGGGGGCAAGGGAAUCAGUUUGCAAAUAACAUGAAAACGAGCAAUAAAGCUUGCACCAUUCCUCACUACGCAUUUCCGGAAGUGGUUUUUGCAUUGUGUGCGAGCUCAAAGGUAAUUCACAGUUCGGCAAACGUCGGUGAAACGGAAUAAAGUUGCUGUGUACAAAUGCAGCUUUAGUUGGAGGCAACCCCCUAAGCUAGAUGGGAAUGUCUUGUCAAGCAGUUUCAGAGAUUAAUGCAAAAAAAAAGGCGGGCAGCAACCUGCUCCUGGAGUCCUAGGAUCAUGGAAUUGGAAAGAGACCCCCAAGGUUCAUCUAGCUAGUCCCGACUCCCUGCAAUGCAGGAAUCACAGCUGAAACGGCCAACGAAGGAGAGUCCACCACCUUCCGAGGGAGUCCGUUCCACAGCUGAACGGGUCUCACUGUCAGAAAGUUCUUCCUAAUGUUGUACUACCUUCUUUUCUGUCCUUUCCCCUGAUUUAUCAAGCCGUCCCCUGCUGCCUCCUAUAUCAUGCAGGGACCUGCUCACGGCUGCUUUUUGCAAUGGCACACCAGGGGACCGUACACCAGGGGUGGGCCUGCAAAAGGGUUCUUAUCUCACACACACCCUCCUUGUUUUUUUUUUAACUCAUGGAGGACAACUGCAGAGCAGCAUUCAGCAUCCUACACAAGAGGGAUCCAGAACUGAGCAGCCUGACUCAGGAACUGGGGGCUCCUGGUUCAGAAGUGCUGCAACGUUCCAGACCAGAUCUAAGUACAAAAGCGGGUUCAUUUUUUCUGUCCUUUUUUUUUUUUUUGGCUAGUCGGUGGGUAGUGUAAAUAUGAUGCGUUUUAAGACUGAGCCGCGAAAGGCUUGUGUUAUUUUUUUACUAACGUCUGUGCCCGUGGAUAAGAAGUAUUUUUGUAUGUCUGUCCGCCCCCCCGCCCCCCUCGCUUACCAAAUCAUAUCCACUGGGAAGCCUUCAUCAAAUGCAUUUCUUAUCCUCUCUUGUUAUAAACUUCCCCUACUCCCACAAAGCAACAUUUAGUUCUUUAAAUGGACUUGCUGUCGUCUGUAAGGAUGGAGAGGAAGUCGAGUCCAGUUUACAUUAUAAUCCAGAAUUACCUAAUUUGCAUUGAAAUGCAACAAUCCGGCCCUCUGCUGCAAAUGUAACAGAAUGAUGUGGUACAACCUGGAGCCAGGAAGAAAGAACGGGACUGCCAAUGGGAGAAUCACAUUUUUAAAUGAAGUCCCUGCAAUGAGAAAAGUAGCUCGUGUGACAAGUUUUCUACAUGCAGGGAGGAUUCAGAAUUAUGAUUUCUGCCCUCUCCAGUCUGAGGGAGCGCUUUCCACCCUGCAGCCUUGCGUGGACAGGAUGGGCUUCAGCCAAAUUAGUUGGGCUAGUUGCAAAAUCCUUUUCAGCACUGGUCGCAUCAGAGGCUGAAUUGCUGUUUCAGGAGGCAGCAAGCUGCAAAGUCGAGCUGCUGAAACACAGCUGUGGCCUCCAUCACUGGAUCACCAAUUUUUAUCAUUGAUUUUUUUCUUUAUAUUUGCUUUAUUUUAUUUUUCUUGGCAGGUCCCCUGUCCAGGAAGCUUGCCCCCUCCAAGCAAAGUUGAACCACUUAGAGCUUUGUGGCCUCCAGCAGAUUUAAGCACAGGCUCAACUAACACCCCAAUGGGGCUUAAAUGUGCUGCCCUUUUGUGGGAGGAAUAUAAAAACCUAUUUGAGCAAGGGCAGAAGGCAGAGACACAUGUCCAGAAGGAGAGGAGCCUCGGAUCCUCUUUCAAACGGCCUCAACUCUUACGGUGGGGGUGCUGAUGGGGGAGAACACUACCAUUUGACUUCAGCCUCAAGAGGUUCCCCCAACCCCCUACAUUUAAAGCCAUCAGCAGCUGUUCUGCAAAUACAUAGACAAAGAAUGGGGGGAUGGAUUGCAGCACCUUAGAACUUAGCAUCAUUACCCUUAGUUCUCACUUGCAAUCAACGGGACAAGUUAAGGCAUGACUUAGCUCCCAUUGAUUUCAGUGAGAACCAAGUUCAGAUAAGUCUGGAUCCAACCGUAGGAUCAUGCACACCCCACCAAAUGAAAUAGGAAUUCAGAACCAUUCUGACCUCUUUGCACCCUCUGGGAUUGGGCCCUUUUCCCUCUGCAUGCCAGAGGACUGUGCAUUUUCUCCUCCGUGUCUGCCCCACUUUGAGACGUUUCACAAUAUCUAAGCCCCUCACCGAAGGCUUCCACCUUUUCCCCAAAACCUUCCCUAUCAACCGUGUUUGCCGUGCUAAUCAACUUCUUUCAGGGAGCCAUAGAAAUGCCACUGUAGCCAGGGGGGAGCAGGGGAUCUGUAAAUUUCCCCUGCCUCCCGUUAACCUUCCAGUGUCUUUUUAUUAUUAUUUUAAUUCCAUGUAUGUAAAUAAAACAGAAAUUACUCUCUCUUUUUCUUCCUUUCUUUUUUUGCCUUUUUAUAUAUGUCAAAACAAAAGUGACCGUUCUCUAGAAAUGACAUAUAUGACGACUGUGAGUCCCGAGCUAACCGCGUCUAGGCAAAAGGCUGCUAGCCCCCAUCAAUCAUGCUUCCUGACAAAGAUUUGGACUGAUUAAAGACAAGCUUCUGUAUUUAUGGAAUGAAUAAAUGAAUAAAUAAACACCAAGCCUUAUUUUA